AUGGCAAGUAUAUUCAGACGAGUGUAUGAUUGGUUGCUGCGGCUUUUCUGGGCUACGGAAAUGGACAUUACGAUGAUCGGUUUGCAAAAUGCUGGAAAGACAUCUUUGUUAAGGGUACUAGCGGGCGGAGAAUUUACACUUGACUCCAUUCCUACCGUUGGUUUUAAUAUGAAGCGUGUCCAGAAAGGUCAUGUCACUCUCAAAUGUUGGGAUUUAGGCGGACAACCCCGCUUUCGUUCCAUGUGGGAGCGAUAUUGUCGCGGCGUAAAUGCUAUUGUGUUUAUUGUCGACUCUGCCGAUCCUGAUGCCUUACCAAUCGCUAAAGAUGAGCUUCAUUUGCUCUUAGAAAAACCCGUGUUGCAAGGGAUACCUCUUUUGGUAUUGGGAAAUAAAUCUGAUUUGGAAAACAAGUUGAGUGUGGACGAGUUGAUUGAGAGGUUGGAUCUAAAGAGUGUAGGACAUAGAGAGGUGAGCUGUUAUGGGAUCAGUGCUAAGGAGGAGACAAAUUUGGAUGCUGUUUUGCAAUGGCUGGUUGCAAGGGCGAAUAAGUAG